ACAUAUAUUUAGUUGAUUUUUGGGUUAUCUUUAUAACGCGUUACUUUCAUGAUUAAUAUAUGAGCAUAACGCCGACAUGUUUCAAAUAAUCAAAGAUCAUCCUUAUUGGCUCACGUUUGCUUUUGGUGUCGGCACGGUGCUCGCCUCUGAAAUUUUCUUGCUCGGCAUAAAAUACGUGCGUAAACGGAAACUACAGAUUCAUGAGGUCAUUAUGUUUAAUGACCAGAGCGAAGCAUGCGCAACAGAGCACAUGUUUAGGGAUGAGCUGCACCAAGAGAUUAACUGUUCCAACAAAUUCUGCUCUGUGCGCAAUUUGGCGCGCAUUAUACAACAGAUUGAUAAAGCCGCAUACAGCAUUGAUAUUGCCAUCUACACGUUCACUAACAUAGCAUUAAUGACUGCCAUCGAAAGGGCGUUAAAACGCGGUGUUAUUGUGCGAAUAAUUACCGAUCGUGAAAUGGCCUUCUCCAGCGGUUCGAAGAUUGCAUGUCUUGCCCCCUAUGGUGUACCUGUGCGUGGUCCGGACUCGACGUUCAUGAUGCACCACAAAUUCUGCAUUAUUGAUGGGGAAGCACGUAUUAAGGAGAUUAUGAAGAUGAAUGGACGCAAAUAUUUGGCGCUCCCCUAUUGUAGCAUUUUAAUCAACGGUUCAGUGAAUUGGACCAGGCAGGGCUUUGGAGGUAACUGGGAGAAUUGCACUAUUACUUCCGAUAAGCUGCUCACUGAAAAAUACCAAGAGGAAUUCCUUAAUUUGUGGAAAUCUUUCGAUAAAUCCGGGAAGUUUCCUACGGUGGCCUAAACCGUUUGAUCCGACUUUCAAAUUACUUAUUCUACUAUGUGCCAAGUGCCUAUUUAUGGGCAUUCAUUAUCUAUCAGGUUGACCAAAGAAUUUUUAAAAAUGUAUGGAAAAUUUACUUAAGCAAUCAUUUUUAGACUUAUGUUAUUGAUUUUGUUUAACUAUUUGAUAAUUAAUAUGAAAGACUUGUUUAAUUCGUUAUCCUUUAUUCAAUUCAUUUUUUAUAUAUUACAUUUGAGUAUAUAUUACAU